AUGGCCCCUUCGACCGCUUCUUCGGCUGCUGCGUCUUACGCCGACUGCGUCUCCUCCCUCCGCACCUCUCUUCAGUUCCUCGAGUCCUCGGUCCAGACUCUUGAAUCGGGUGUCUCCGACUUUCCCCGCCUCGUCAAGGUCCUCAAGACCGUUCGCCACUACGAACUCGUCCCGCAACCCACCCUAGCCGCCGCCGAGUCCUCCCUGCGCGACGAAAUCGGCCCCUACAUCGCCCUCCUCCUUUCCCGCGCCGACGCCCAGAUUGCGCGCCAGGACCGCCGCAUCGAGACCCUCAAGGCCAAGGCGGAUCUGCAGCAGGGCCGCCUCGUCGCCCGCCCAGAUGACGGACCCGCUCCCGCCGCCGCCAAGCUCAAAGGCAGCCGCAAACUCGUGGACGAGGAGAAGCUCCGCGCCAGAGCCGUGCGGCAGAGAAAAGAGGCCUUGCGGUAUGGUGUCGAGAGACUGGAGCUCGAGGUGCUGCAGAAGGAGAGGGAGUUGAGAAAGCGUCUGGAUGGCUGA